CAGGAUGGGAGAACAGCAGAAAUUCCUGAAUUUCCGCAUCGAGGGGACAGUGUCCGCUCCCUUUACACCGUUCAAGAAUGACGGGGAAAUCAACUAUGACGUGUUUCCUGUGUAUUCCAAGUAUCUUCAGGACCACCACUUCAAGCAUGCCUUCGUCAACGGCACUUUGGCUGAAGGCAUGUCGCAAACCAUGGACGAAAGGAAGAAAACGUUAGAGGCAUGGGUGAAAGCAGCCGAUGGAAAAAUUGGGAUAAUAGCACACGUAGGAGCGAACAACCUCCGUGACGCCAAAGAACUAGCCCGCCAUGCCGAAGAGAGCGGUGUUGAAGCCAUUGCAGCCUUCGGCCCUUCAUUUUAUAAACCAAAGGACGAAGAGGCCUUGGUUGACUACAUGGUAGAGUUGGCUGGAGCGGCACCAAGCACACCGUUCUUUUACUACUGCAUCAACUUUGUGACGGGAAUUUAUUUAAAUUCAACAAAGUUUUUAAGACUUGCCAAGGACAGGAUCCCAACCCUGUGUGGACUGAAACAUUCAUCCAGGGAACUCACUAGUGCUCACAAUUGUAGUUUGGUGGACAAGGAUCGCUUCCAGGUUCUAAUGGGUACAGAUGUGCAAUUCAUAACGUGUUUGAGCCUGAAAAUUGAUACACCAGUAGCAGCGUCAUAUUUAGGAAGUCUCUACUUCAAGCUGAAGACAGCUUACGACAAAGGAGAUAUGGCUACUGCCCUUCAGCUUCAGGAAACAGCACAGACUGUAAACAAUGUCAGAGACAGCUUUGGUGGGGACAUACCAGUCGCAAAGAGAAUGUUCACCAUUAUAUCUGGUGUCGAUGUUGGACCAGUGCGUCUUCCACUGAAAGACAUUAGUAAGGAAAAGGAAGAGGGUUUGAAGAAAGCGUUGAUGGCCUUGGAUUGUUGGCAAUGACGAAUUCGAUAAAGGGGAGAGUUGAAGUUCUGCAACAACUGCAUGAAUUGAUAAGAAGAAACAAAAGACGUUUAAAUAGCUACGAGCAAGCAAUAAAAUGGAUCGUUUUCUAUAAUUUAGAUACGCGUGAUUGCUAACUUUACUCGAAUCGUGUUGUAUCUGUUUUUAUUUUCCUGAAUAUGGGAAAACUCACAAAGAAUAUAAAUUUAAAAGUACAUCAAGCCAAAAGGGUAAUGUAAUUUCACUGAAAAUGCGAAAUGAUUUUCAAAUAAAAGUAAAAAUUUACAUGUUA